CGUGUCACCGGGGGUGUUUGUUUCAAUCUAGACGUUGCCUGAUUAUUAAAUGUACAUAAGCGUCAUUUUUAUUCAAUGCAUUUUCCAUGUACAAAAAAAGUCAGGUUUUUGUACCUGCAGGCUAUCUUGCAGAGCAGAGCUGCUGUCGCGGCGCGCCCGUGCCGCUGUGAUCAUGUGCUAAAAUAUCACUGUAGAAAUUCCCGCCCCGAUUUGGCUGUCAGAGACUCCGGCACCAGCUCCAGUACGCUCCUCAUAUCCACCCCGGGGGGCUGUCAGCGGGACGCAGUCGGUGAGGAGUGACGGCGCCACGCGUGGAUCUCUGCCUGGAACCGGGAGCCGGGUGGCGCCUUGGAACGGGGUCCUCGGAAAGACUCACCCCGCCAGGCCUGAGACGGAGAGAGAGAGGGAAGACGGAGUGAGCGAGGAGGAGAGGCCAGAACAUCUGUGAAACGCAUCAAGGCAGCUGUCAGCCAGCCGGCCAGGGAGGGACGGACCUACACCUCCCUUUCUGCAGGCCUCAGCUGUGGAUGGUGGCGGGGGGUGAGGAUGCAGCGGAGCCCGACUGAUAGGCCUGUGAUUAGGCCGCUAGGCCUGUUUUCAGCGAGCGGGUAGCCCCUCCACCAUGGCGGAACAGGGCAAUUACUCUUUGACUGUGGGGUGCUGGUUAAUGAUUAGCGUGGAUGCUGCCUAGCGUGGAAGCAGCUGCGACUGACGCAACCGUCCAUUACUGCGGGGCCCGCAAGGACGUCAAACUCCUAUUUGUGUGACUAGUUUAAUGUUUCCUUUUACAUAAAAAUGUUUUAUCUGACUACUGACUGAAACUGUACAGUUGUUGUUGUUUUUGUUUUAAAUCAGAAACAUGGUUUUUUGAGAAGGAUUAAUAAUUUCUCCCGCGUGUGGGUUCAGAAGCGAGAAUAAAAGCGUUAAGCCAUGGCUGCAGCAUAUCGCGUCGUGGUCAGUAGCAUCAACUGCUACAACAGCGUGGUGGUGGACCGGCGUGGCCAGCAGGCAGUGCACUACUGCACCGGGCCCUGUCAGCUGCUCAGGCAUGGGCUGGACUGCACCGUCACCCACCAAAGCACCUGUGCCGAGCUCCUGGAAGCCCCGGUGGCACCAGCUCCCUGCACCCGAGUUUCCGGCGAGGAUUAUCACCAGGCUUACCCAGCCACCAGCAGGUUCAAAAAAGCAUCUUCCAUCCAAAGCAGUGCCAGCUUGAAGGACAUCACCGGGGAGGCCAUCAACUUGGCUAGUGGCAAGAUCAAAGAGUUCUCUUUUGAGAAAAUCAAGUAUUCCACGAGCCACGUCACCUUCAGGAAAGGCAGGAAGGUCAGGCCAGACUCGUUUAGCAGAAGGUCAACGGACUUGGAUAUUAUAUAUGGGCAUUUUGGCAAUGACGAGAACUGCCCACCAUUCGGCCUGAUGCAGAAGUCCGUCCUGGAGGAGCACAAGUUGAGCCGUAGCACCUCACUGGAGCACAACCUGAACAACGUUGCAACGAUGUACCUCAACAGCCUGACAGAGGAAUCCCUUAUUGCCAAGAUAUUGGAGAAGACCAAGGCGGACAGCAAUGCGUCUGGCGAGGACAUCAAGGCCUGCCUUGACAUCCUGCUCAAGUGCUCAGAGGACCUCAAGAAGUGCACAGACAUCAUUAAGCAGUGCAUUCAGAAGAAGGCGAAGGGUGGUGACGCCGAUGACUCCGGCACCCCCGACGUUGUCUACCGUAGCUUGAUGACUCGACUCUCCAGCUACUUGCGGAGGCUCCCGUUGGAGCUGGAACAGGCACAGGCAGGGCGCCUGGAGCACGGUGACCUUGCCGAACUUGUCAGUGGCCUACAUAACCCACACCAGGGCCCCUUCUCCCCACUCUUUGGAAAUGAACAGCCGCCCCGGUACGAGGAUGUUGUCCAGUCCCCUCCAACUACCCAGCCUCUAUCUCCCUCCCUCUCUCAGUUCCAAGAGUCUCAGGAGCCUAUGAAGGGCUCAGUGGGUAAUUCAAAACCUGCCCAGAGCGUACAAGGCACAGGGGCUGGUACUUCCACCUUAACCCCUGCCCGCACUGUCACCACAACCCGCAACGAUGGCUUCCCCUGCACAAAAUCCCUGCUAUCGAGCAGUUCUGACAGCAUCAGCAAGGGCUCCAUGGAGACUUUGUACAUAGAAGAAGAUGCUGAUGUUGGAAAGGUGUUGGAUAGGGAGGGAAAGAAUUUUGGCCAGGGCACUGCCAGGAAGCAAGGGAUGCUUCCGGAACCAGGAAUGGGCUCAGAGAUUGGCAGGAAUAGGACUAUUUUUAAACCCAACAUGGAGCCCCUUCCUUUGCAUGACGCCAACAAGAGUUGUGUGCCCCUCAAAAGCAUGAGUCCUGAGCAUAGAUCUUUCAGAGCACAGACCAGUGGAAGGGACGAUGAUAUCGAUAAGCUGUUGAUGGAUCUGGAGUGCCUCUCCCAAGCUAUCGAUUCACAGCCUUGCGGCAAGCUAACACCAUCAGACCACAGGAACGGUGGCCAGCCAGCAAGCUUCCCCCAGUCUUCGACCUUUGGCUCAGAAAGUAAAAUGCCCAUGUCCAUAGACAGCGCAUUCUCGUCCUCAUCUCCGUCCCUGUCUAAGAAUGAUUGUGCUGAGCCUGACGAUGAGGAUGAUGGAGUACUCCUGCUCAGGAUCCUGGAGAGCAUUGAAAGCUUCGCCCAGGAGCUGGUGGAGAGCGGGACAGACACGGGGACGCAGUCGAAGGAGUGCGAGGUGAUGCGGCUCCUUCAGGACACACUGGCCUCCGCUGGCAAGGCAGUCACAGCGCCACCUGCUGGUCAUGCUACCAUCUCCUCAAGAGACACGGGCUCUGCCCUGCUGAUUCAGCAGACACCUGAGGUCAUCAGGAUCCAGAACAAGCCAGAGAAGAAACCCGGAACGCCCCCUCCUUGCCCGUCUCCAGGGCCAUCCGCUCCCUCCGCCCGCCCACCUACUCCUCCUGUUAGCAGUGUGCCAGCGGCACCCCCGCCCAUUUCCGUAAACAUUCCACGCUUCUACUUUCCCAAGGGAAUUCCAAACUGCGGCUCCAACUUCGACGAGGCCAUCGCCAAGAUCGAGGCCGUGUUCGUCGAGUUUGAGGAAGAGAAAGCUGACAUUUAUGAAAUGGCAAAGGUCACAAAGGCUUGUUGCUGCCCACUCUACUGGAAGGCCCCCAUGUUCAACUGCGCUGGGGGAGAGAGAACAGGCUUUGUUUCGGUCCACUCUUUUGUCGCGAUGUGGCGGAAGUUGUUGCACAGCUGCUAUGAUGACGCAUCGAAGUUUGUUUACUUGCUGGCCAAGCCAGGAUGUCAUUACCUGGAGCAGGAGGACUUCAUUCCGCUCUUACAGGAUAUUGUGGACACUCAUCCAGGGCUGACGUUUCUGAAGGACGCCCCCGAAUUUCAUUCCCGGUACAUUACCACGGUGAUCCAGAGGAUCUUCUACACAGUGAACCGCUCCUGGACGGGAAGGAUGACCAUGAUGGAGCUACGUAAGAGUAACUUCUUGCAGACACUAGCCCUACUGGAAGAGGAGGAUGACAUCAACCAGAUCACAGACUACUUCUCCUACGAGCACUUCUACGUCAUUUACUGUAAAUUCUGGGAGCUGGACACAGAUCACGACCUUUUCAUUGAUCCCAAGGACCUGGCAAGGUACAACGACCACGCCUCUUCGAGCAGAAUAAUAGAGCGGGUAUUUUCCGGGGCCGUCACUAGGGGAAAUUCGGUGCAGAGAGAGGGCAGGAUGAGCUACGCCGAAUUUGUCUGGUUCCUCAUUUCCGAGGAAGACAAGAAAAACCCUACCAGCAUAGAGUACUGGUUCCGUUGCAUGGACCUCGAUGGGGACGGCGUUUUGUCCAUGUUCGAGCUGGAGUUCUUCUACCGGGAGCAGUGUGAGCGCAUGGAGACCAUGGGCAUCGAGCCGCUGCCCUUCCAUGACCUGCUAUGCCAGAUGUUGGACCUGGUGAAGCCCAAGUGCCAAGGGAAGAUCACUCUCCACGACCUGAAGAGAUGCCGAAUGGCACACAUCUUCUACGACACCUUCUUUAACUUGGAGAAGUACCUGGACCAUGAACAAAGAGAUCCCUUUGCAGUACAAAAGGAUGUGGAGAGUGAAGGUCCGGAAGCUUCUGAUUGGGACAAGUAUGCCUUGGAGGAGUACGAGAUCCUGGUAGCAGAGGAGACAGCCAACGAGCAGUUACAGGAGGGGUCUUUUGAGGAGGAUUAUGAAUCAGACGAGCUCACCGUCCCAACGGAAAUAGGAAGUAAAAAGGACAAACUGGUCAUUUCCGACCUGUCAGCAUGAGCCUCGUGCCCACUCCCCACUCCUUAUUUGCGAUUUUCUCUUAUUCUCUGGAAAGGGAAUUGCGCGUUUUUUCUACACUUUCGAAAAGACAUUGCGUGUGUGUGCGUGUGUGCAAUAGCACUGCUUUAAAACCAAAAUGCUCUCUGUUUUGUGCAAUAUGUCUUAACCUGUAGAUUUGGGUUGCCUUUUUUUUCCCUGGUUUGCUAUUUUUUAUUUUUUGUUGUUUGUAAUGCACCGAUUGCCGGAAGACUUUAAAAGCUGUAAAUCACGCAGGACAUUCAAGCGAUAUAUACAUUACAUUUCAGGGAGACUGGAAUUUUCAUGGCAGUUUUUACCAGAUCCGAGAGGGUCAUGCAUAUUCACAACGGUUAAUAUAUUUUACCUAAAAAGUACACGUACGUGUACACAAUUUCACUCCAGUUUAUGUUGGUCAUGUAUGCAUUUGACGUAUAUAAAUAUUAAGUUAAAGUCAACAUAGAAUGAAUUUUGGUUUGUUUAUUUUAUUUUUCUUUUUUGUGCAUGGAACACAAUUUUUGAAUUGUAAGAACAUCAUUCACUGCAACGGACUGGUUUCGAAUGUCACUCUGAAGACUUAUCCAGCGCUGUUUAAAACGCCCUAGUGGUCGUUUGUGGUAUCACAUGGUGUGAUGCGUUCCACUGACUCUCAUUCAUGAGGGGCGUAGAUGCCUUAUAACAAAUUACAGGGAAAAAAACGUCUGAGCCUGUAAAUAGUCUUAACAGUGUUUAUUAACAGUCGUACAAAAGUAAAAUCUCAGUCUUUGUUAUUUUCACACACUGCGUCAGUAUGUUUUUAUACGACAGAUAAUGUAAACAUAAUUUAAAGAGUCUAAAUUAAUCUGCUCGGCUGGCGCCACAUCUGUGAUAAUUAUUCAGUAGUUACAUUUUCGAAUGAAAAGAAGGCUGCAUUUGAAUUAAUUUGGAAAUAAUAGGAUCAGUAUUAUGUCGUUAUGGGGGUUUAAAAUGAUGUCAACAUAAUUUAUUUCACCCAUCUGAGAAAGCCAUAAGAAAGAAUUCAGCAACUGUUGGAAGUUGCGAUAACAUAAUAGAAAAAAACGUAUCCGUUCCCUUGUUCAUAAUAAAGGUUUCCGAACACGCCACUUGGAAUAUUUUGUACUUUUCUCGGCCAUAAAAAUGUGAAAAGAACCAUAUGCAAUUGUAUUCCUCUGUACGUUUCAGAGGAAAACUCAAAUGGGAGUCACUGCCAGUGUUGUGUACAGGGUGUGUUAGUUAUACCCUAGUUUGUGAUUGAUCUGCACUGCUAUGGUAUUGUGAAUUCAUCGAUCUGCACACGUUCAGUUCUAUUAGAUAUUAAUAGCGAAGGUCCUCGUUUUGGUAGCUGCAAGCUCGCACGGCGGCUCAGUAGCGCCCCCCUGUAGCGACGCGGCACCACAGCGCACGGAAGCUGCCUGCAUCCAUUUUCAAAUACAUUUGCUACGGUGCGCUCUGUCGUGCGACGUGAGUUAAUAGCCAUAGUCUGCUUUGCUUUACGCUGCCAUCCUGUGCUUCUUUCUUUGUAAUUACUGUAAAAUAUCUGAAGCAAAAAAGCAUAUAUGCAUUCAAUUGUGUCGUACAGUAUGUUUUUUCCUGUAGUUUUUAAUCUUGAAAAUGCAAUGGAGAGUUUUAUAUAGCCAUUGUAAAUCUCUUUGUAUUUUAUUAUCCCAAGCGAUCAGCUGCGCCACUGAGUGGCGCUGGGUUUUUAAAUUAUGAUAUUCUUAUUACUUCCGGUGUUAUGUGCAUUAAAGCUGAAAUAGGUUAACUUAAUAUCUGAGUUCACUGUACGAAGACAAUCAACUGGACGUUUGAGAGUGUUUUCGGCAUCUGACAAGCACUUCUUAGUCGAUAUUACCUUGGAAGCAAUAUCACUGCUGUAAGGAUGAUUUAUGGGAUUGGGCGGAGUGGUUGUUCGACAAAACCAAAUACAUAAAUUAAAACUUGAGGUUUAACUGUCGUAAGGCGUUUAAGGCGCCCCACUGUUAUCCUCGCACUAUGCAACAUGAGCAAGAGGCAGCUAUCGUAGCUACGAGCUGUAACUGCAGCUUCCUGCCAGUUUAACACCAUUCGGACUUUCAUACGGUUUGUUGGCGGUUUCUAUUUUUUAUUUUUUCGUUUGCAGACUAUGAAGAGUUGCGUAGGCUCCCUUUCUGAAAUGCUGUAAUCGGGUAGGAUUGGUGUUUGCAUGCUUUUCUUCCUUUUGAAAUUGUGAGACAAAGAAAUAAACAAAUUAAAGCUGUCGUUUCUCCUUGGGAA